UAUGUCUUUUAAACACACUCUGUAUGUGUAUUUGACCCUUAGGGAUAUCCUCAAUGCCACAGGUGUACAGCCAGCUGCUCAGUAGGAAUUUGCGAUUCAAAUCAUGUCGUCACGUGCAACGCUAUGGUUCAUUUGGAUGCGCCACACCGCUUAUCUAAACGUGAGAGACGGCCAGACAUUCCUCGGAGAUCCCGAGUCACGCUUGUCCCCACCAUUUUCCUCCAAAAGGCAAACAGGAUUGAUCUUCAAGCCCUUUUGAUUUCGGUGGCCUAAACCCCUGUGACGUUUGCUGGUCUUCUGUGUCCCUUCUGCCUCUUGAUGCCUGGAGCCCUUCAGUAGCUCCAGGCCCCUCUGAUGAAGUGGAUUGGAGUGCUUGGCAGGAUGUUGGCAAAUCAAUACGUGUGUCACCUGCUGUAUGAUUACCUGUGGACUUCAGUCUGAUGGGGCUGCUCCCACGCCCAGAGAGCACACAAGGGCUGUGCUGCUGCUGUUGUCAACGUUUGUCAUUCGCUGGGUUAACAUUUAAUCCUGGUAUGUCAUGGGAUUGGAUUUCUCGUUCGUGAAUCUGUGAGGGGGAGAGGAAAAAAAGGUGAGCGUCAGAGCUUGAUGUGUGAUGUGUGACUGCAAGGCGGCACGGCUGCUUCCCUCAGUGGACAACUGAAUCCUGGGAGGAUUGAGUUUCAAAAUAACAAAAAAGGAGAAGGGCCUGAAGCAAAAGUGUGGGCACCCUGCAUGAGGAAGAUGCUGAACUCCGAGAGAGGGGUGGUGGAGGAAUGGCUCUCAGAAUUCAAGACGUUACCCGACACCCAGAUCCCCAGCUACGCGGGCAGCCUCCAUCAGAAGAAGCACCUGGUCACGGCGCUCUACAGGGUCAUCCAGGACCCCCACAACGAGUUGCUGGAGCCGGUGUGUCACCAGCUGUUUGAGCUGUACCGCAGCUCUGAGGAACGCCUGCGCCGCUUCACGCUGCAGUUCCUGCCCGAGCUCGUGUGGGUGUACCUGCGCCUCACCGCCAGCCGAGAUCGCCACAGCAACGGCUGCAUCGAGGCCCUCCUGCUGGGCAUCUACAACCUGGAGAUCGUGGACAAAGAAGGCAACAGCAAGCUGCUCUCCUUCACCAUCCCCUCACUCUCCAAGCCCUCUGUCUACCACGAGCCCUCCAGUCUAGGCUCCAUGGCGUUAACAGAGGGAGCUCUGUGUCAGCACGACCUCAUCAGAGUGGUUUACAGCGGCCUGCAUCCACAGAGAGAAACCUUCACAGCACAAAACAGGUUUGAGGUGCUGUGCUUUCUCAUGCUGUGCUACAACUCUGCAGUGGUCUACAUGCCCCCCUCCUCCUACCAGGCCGUCUGCAGGAUGAGCUCCAGACUGUGUGUAUGUGGGUUUCCACGGCAGCAGCAGAAGUCUUGGCGGGAGCCGUGCAACCGUGUGCAGCUAGACCCUGACUUCAUGGUGCAGAUGCUGACUGCUGUCUACCACGCCACGUACAAUGGGGAGUGGGACAUGGGGAUAGAGGCACUCGAGGACGUCCUGUACCGAUCCCAGCUGGAACUCUACUCCCAGCCCCUCCUGCUGGGCAAUGCCAUGAAGCGCUCGCUGCCAGACAGUGCCCCUGGUGGCUCAAGGGGCCGCAAGGUGCUGCAGGUGGAGGUGACGCCCACAGUCAGCCGCAUCUCGCGCUCGGCCAUCACCGCCGCCUCCAUCCGCCGGCACCGCUGGAAGAGAGAGGAUUGUUUUGACUACUCAUCCGAAGCAGAGCUCACCCUCACCGUCAAUCCCUGCCGACACACCGCCCGCCAGGACCCGCCGGCCAAUCAGGAGCGAGGAGGGCAGGGUCACGUCGACAUUCUCGCGGUCACUCACGAGGAUGCAGAUGGGAUGAGUGCAGGAGAGGAGUCCUUCAACCUCAACGACCCCGACGAGGGCUUCUCCUCGGGCGCAUCCAACAGCAGCCAGCCCAGCGCACCCAAGCCCAGCGGAGGAGGAGGAGGAGGAGGAGGCGGCAGCGCCCGCGGCGGGGUGACCCGCAGCAGCCAGAAGAGUAGCGGCGGCAGCAGCAUGAAGAAGAGCAUGAUGAGCCGGCUGUCCCGGGACAAGGACCGCGACAAAGACCGCGACAAGGACCACGAGCCCCCGCCGGACAAACACAAGGAGGCCCCCGCCGCGCCGGUCCAGCCCCAGCCGCCUCCUCGCCGGCACCACCAAAUCCAGCAGACUCCGCCUCCAUCCCCAUCCCCACCCACGCCCCAGCGCCCGCUGCGCCCCGCCCCCGUCUCUCCCCUCGCCCAGCAGUCGCCAACGCCACCGCUGCCGCUGAAACAUGAGCCCAUUGAGCUGGAUGCCAUCGAGCUGAGCCCCAUCCGACGGCAGCCCAGCCUGCCCAUGUCCUGCCCGGCACGAGCCCGCACCCGCACGGCCAGCACCUCCUCCAGCCGCUCCCUGGACCGCACGGACAGCAGCCUGAACGGGAGCAGCCAGGGCGGGGGCGCCGGGGGCUCUCUGGGCGGAGGAGGUGGAGGUGGAGGCGGAACAGGGUCCGGGGGUGGGGGAGGCCACCGCCACUCCUCCAUCAGCCUUCAGGAGGAGCACCUGGCCAGGCAGCGGGGGAGCCAGGAGAUGCUCUCGCCCGGAGCCCCGCUCACCAAGCAGUCCCGCUCGCCCAGUUUCAAUAUGCAGAUCAUAUCGCAGGUGUAAUGCCCGCACACACACACACACACACACACACACACACACGCGCGCUCACACACAAACACACACACACACACGCACACACACGUCAGCAGACCCACAUCUAUUUACCAUCACAACUACUCCUCUUUCUCUUCCACCUCCUCCUCCUGCUGUCCUUCCUCAGCUACCUCUUCACUCGUGGCUCCCUCGGACAGCCUGCCUUGCGGUCUGGGGCACCAGGAGUGGAGUCUCACCUGCCAGAGAGGAGCUGUGCUGUGGAGGGUGAGGCUAGGAGUGGGUGGCUGAUGGCUGCCUCUGUGUCGGCCUCAGGUCCCUUUUUUUUUUCUUUUUUUUUUUUUACAUCUCAAAAAAAAAAAAAUGGCUUUGUGCCUAAUGCUGCCCUCUGGUGGAGGCCUGUGUAAACACAACACUGAGGAAAGCCAUCCUGGCAGUGGAGCGCCCCCUAGUGUGUACCUACUCUACCUAGUCUCGUCUGCAGGACGGAGCCACCCGACGUCCUCGGACCAAACUCAGCAUUCCGUGUCUACAGACAAAAAAGAGACCCUCAGAAGAGAAUAAAGAGAUGGCGCUGCGCUCAGCCAUGGGAAACUACUGUGGUUUCUGGAUGUAAUAUUUUCAGAAAGAAUUCAGUUACUGUUCCACUCACAUAGUCUAUAUUUUGUAAGCGAAUCAGCAAUAAGAGUUACUGUUUGUUCAUCUGAGAUAAUGAAUCACUGUAGCGUCUCAUGCCUACCUGUUGCUCCCUAGGUGACGUGCAAUCUAUCAACUGUUGUUUUUGUUAAAUGUUUGUGAUUUUUGCCGGGAACAGCCGGACGAGCACACAUUGGAGCCUUGACAUCCUAAACAUCCUAAAGAAUAUAUUUUGAAUAUUUGUUUUGUGUUUCGCUUUGGAAUUAGCCUACUAUCAGACACUGACUAGACAGAUCAAAACUGAAAUUUUAUACUCAUCAACAAACUUUAAUUCAAUUUUAAGUAAUUUAUAAAGUUUGUGAUUUUUACAUUUUUUUUUUCAUCGCUAUGAGAUAUGGUUUUAUCGGCUUGCGGUCUUGAAUCGCCUGUGCAGUCUGCAAUUCCUAGAUCGCGGGUCCUUCUGUAGAAUAUCUGUGUUGCGAAACGUGAAAGAAGAAAGCCAAUGAUUUUUGUAUGUUCUCUGUUGCCAGUGUGCAAGUGUGACUGAACACUGGGGGCGUGUAGUCAGGCGUGCGUACUCAAGCGUGUAGUCAGGCGUGCGUACUCUAAUGAAAGGCUCAGUACUGUAGCUGUUUUGGGGGCUCUCAGAGAAUGCUGGUUUCGCUACAUGUCUAAGACAUGUUUGCUGUCCUGUUGUCAUGAAACAAUAUAGUAACACUGUCAGUCUUGUGUUUGUUGGUUCUAUCACAGGAGACUGUAUUGUGUGUGUGUGUGUGUGUGUGUGUACCUGUCUAUGUAACAUUGACUUUUUUUUUUUUCUUGUCUCGUGGCCCUUGUGGGCUCAUGUGUUCUUUAGUGAGAUAAGCAAUCAUCCAGUGUUUGGAGACCAGUUUCACCUGAUGACUCCCAAGCAUCCGUUGUUCUACCUCAUCUUCUUCACUGUCUGCCACUCUAUACCGGACUCACAACACAGAAUCUCCAGCAGCUAAAUGUGCUCAGUCGGUCAAUCUGUUACCCAAUCUUUUUUUGGGGGGGGGAGGUUGAGGUUGAGGAAAGCCCUAGGUUACCCUACCAAGCCCAGGAAGACCUGUAGUGUCACCCUACACAUCACGUAGCCCUAGUCCAGAGUGCAGAAAAUCCCAGGGUUGGUUGGUUGGUUGGUUGAAAUAGGAGCCAGUAUGGGACCAGUAGUGGGUGAUUAAGCAUGGCCUUCAAUAGGCCUACUUGGGCUUCUUAGAGAUGGUCAUUUGAAUUUUGUCCAAGACCAAGGAGUUUUACUUCACAUUUGGCCCGAGAUCCAGUUUUAUAUGCGUUACUCUUUUAUUUGAAUAUAUAUAUAUAUAAUAUAUAUAUGUUUUGGAAAUUGCUAGUUGCUUUCCCAUAUGGCUCAUGUCAUUUUGUCUGUGAAAUGUCCUACACAGAGGGGUUGAAUGGAUAUAUAUAUUAAUAUCGCUGGUAAUGUUUCUCUGUGUGGAAUGGGUGUCUUAUGGAAUGUGGAUUGGUUCAGGGGUGGACUCCUGUCCACAGCCUCUCUGUGCUCAGAGUAAUGUCGAGUCUCGAGUGCUUACUGACCUGCAGUUUCUCUGUAAUGUCUUAUUUUUGCCAAACGUGCCAAAGCACAAGGCCCUCCUAGAGAAGACUCGCCCCGUGCUUGUGUCUUAAAGCUGUAGGUCGAAUUCAAGCUUGUCUUAAGUUUCGUUUUGAGAUUGAGGUCUUAUUUCAGAGAGGUGAAUGGGGUUUCUUAAGACUCGUAAGGAGCUGGCCAAGAGUAGCUGCUUCUGUCUAGGCAUCAUUUCAAACAACACUGUCUUGUCAUUUCAUGACGUCAUGGGUAAUUAACACAAACACACACUGUGUGUCUGUGUGUGUGUGUGUGUGUGUGCGUGUCUGUGUGUCCAUGUUUUCAGAAUGAACACGAGCCUUUAUGUGACUGAAAUAUAGUGUAAAUGCUGUAACCUUGUAUUUUAUUAUUUUUAUGUUGGUGUAUUUUUGUUGUGCUUUUGCGAGGAGACUGAGGCAUAGAUGGUGACAUUAAGUGCUGCAGUCUGGUGGGCUUUCUCCCACUGACUUUAGGUUUGACCAUUUCGGAUAGAUUUAUUAUAUAUCUCCACAAGUAUGCCCCCCAAUUUGAGUAUUUUACCAGGAGUCCAUGUCCGGUUCUAUUCGGGGAGCAGAACUAAGCUAAUGCAGCACAGCAUUCCCUUAAAGUAUGACCGCUUGGAUCAUCAUGCACCUGGUGGUUCAGGUAUAUGCAGUUUUGGGUUUAUAAGCAUUUUCCUAUUCCUUCCUGUCAAACUGCUGUUUCAGGGUCAAGGACAUCUGCCCCCUGGUGGCCGUGGUUGCCUCUGUUAUACAGGGCUGAAGGGGAGCGCAUGCCUGUCCUGUUUGUGGAGAGGGUCAUUACUUCCUCAUCUGCAUUGAACACUUUCAGCUACAUCUCUGUGUGUACUUUUGUCAUCUAUGUACUGCUGGUGUAGGAAGUGAGAAUGUGUGCACAGUCAGACCAAACAGCUAGAGAGAGCUGUGUGUGUGUGUGUGUGUGUGUGUGUGUGUGUGUAGUCAGAGUUGAUGUCAUCUAUAUACUGCUGGUGUAGGAAGUGAAAAUGUGUACACAGUCAGACCAAACAGCUAGAGAGAGAGAGUGUGUGUGUGUCUGUCUAGUCAGAGUUGAUGUGUCUCAAUUGUCUUUCUCGUUCUUUGUUUUGAUUUGUGUCAUGUGAUGUUGUGAGUGUGGGCGUCGUCCUCAUAUGAUGCACUUUAUCCAAUCCUCAGCCCACUCUGUCGCAUUGUGACCAUUGUUGACAUGCUGAUUCAAACAUAUACACACACACACAUACACCUUUGCAGGGUUUUUUGUUUGUCUGUUUUUGUCCCAUCCGACAGAUUUGCUUAAGGCUGUAUCAGGCUGUACAGGCAGUGAUGCACCUGCUGUUUAAAGUUCCCCUUCUUUCCCCUCUUUAUUUCAACCCAAAUAUCCACACGUUAGGACACCUAAGGAGAGUCAUGGUGAUUCCCUCACGCAGUAACUUCAAUCCAAACAGAAACCUUUUCGUUCUUUUUUUUUUUUUUUUUUUCUUCUUGUUCCACAUCGCAGGUGAUUUCUAUGCAAUGUUUUCAUUUUCGUUGUCUGUGUGUUUUUCGUGAGUCAUAAGGAUAAACAGAAGCAGAAGGGAGAGAGAGAAACGUACUUGUGACCAGUGAGACGUGCAAGCUUCUCAGGCCCCACUUUGGAAAGGUAAAGAUCCACACGUGCUGCCUCCGGGUUGAAGAGGGGGGUUCCUAGGACAGGGUUGUGUUUCAGUCGGAUGGAUAAUCAGGACCGGUUUGCUUAGGCCACUUUCCUUUUGAAGAUGCAUUGGCUAGCCUUGCUGUGGGAGGUUCUGGUUCUGAUGAACUCACAGGAGGCAUGGUCCUGGUCUGUGUGUCGCCACAUUGUUGCGGUAGAGUCUUGCUGCAUGGGUCCAUGUUUAAAAAAAAAAAAAAAGUUUAAAAAAAUAAACUAAAAAGUCCAAUCCUAAGACUGUAACAGAGCAACUCUAAGAUGUGAAACACUGUACUAUUGAUGUUGUAAAUGGGACAUAAAAAGAAAAGAAUAUUUUAAAUCUGUGUAAAUAAACAAAUGUACAAAAGAGUGUGAGGCAAUAUAAAGAUCAGUCUGCAAUGCAGAGAGAAAUUAAUAUGUAUAUUGGUGAAUAAAUCUUGUGCUGUAAAGAA